AUGCGGAUUGAUGAAUCAUUAGCGAUUCCUGAACUUGAACAGGUUUCUAUGGUAGGCGCAUAACUCUAAUUAAUGUUUAUUUGCAUCUUUGUAUUAUCAUAACAAUGGAAAACUACAUGUGCAGUUAUUUUACAACAAUACUAAAACACAAAAAUUCUAAAGUCUUGUUAUUACAGCCUCUAUUAAUGUUGAAAGUUUGUUUUUUGUAGGAUACUCCAACUGGACAUGCUGGGAACUACACAACAUGCAAAACCCUGAGGAGUGAGGUGACUCAGUUAAGGGGCAAAGUCACAAGACUGAAGAGUAAGUUAAUCUCCAAUCAAGAUCAGUGGGUUGAAACCUUUAAGAGCAUACAAGAGCUGAAGCAGUUGCCUAUGGUGAAUGCUGGUGAGUCAACAAUAAUUAUUGAUGUUGAUGAGUCAUAUAGGCAUAACUGCCUAUCUUUAUAUUUUUGUUACAUUUUAUCAAUGUUUGAUUAUUUAAUAAUAAUUAAAAUUUUAAUGGUAAUAGAAUUUUUUUAAUUCCAUUUGUUUAAGCUAUUCAAACUGAUCCAUGGCCAGUAACAAAUGAGACAGAGUUAGGGCUAUAG